AUGAACAAAGACAGUAACUAAAUUAACUAAAUCAGAGAUGAGAACGUCAACAAUGAAGAUUAUUUAAAAUAUUAAGAGUACAAACUCUCAAAGAUAAAGGGAAGGAAAGAAAAAUUCUAUCCUGCACCCAAAGAUCUUCCUCAUAUUUUUUAAGAUUUCAUAGAUAUAAUUCUAAAAUCUGAAUAAAAAAGUCAAGAGGAUUUGUAGAAAGUGAUUAAUUUUUUAGGCUAUACUUAAAUAAUUUAAGGAAUGGAGAUUCCAAAUUAGUUUUAUGAAGAUUUUAUAAUGAUGCUAAUACCUUCUAUGAAGAUUAAAUAUGUCAGCAAAGGAGAAGUUAUUUAUAAGAUUAAUGAAGAAUAAUAGCAAUUUUAUAUUUUAUUAAAUGGGUAUAUAGAUAUAUUUUAUCCUAAGUCUUUUCAAGAAGUUUAAAAUGAAGCUGAAUUGAUAAAAUAAGAAGAACUCUAAAAAGAAUAAAGCAAAAAAAAGAAAAGAUACUAUGACAAGGAAAAUGUUAUUUCAGAAUAAGAAAUGCUUUUCUAAAGAAAGAAAAAUGAAGAAAUUUAAUUGGAUGCAUUCAAAAAAAUUGAUGAAGAAAAAGGAAAAAUCCGCGUCUUUGAUGCAAAUGGAGUUUUACUCUAUAAAAAAAUUGAAACAUUACAAAUUAAAGGAACUGAUUUUGGCUACACUUAAAAGAAAAAAGCAUUUGCAAUAGGAGGAAGCUAGCUUUAAGAAUCAAAAGCCACUGUGCUCUGCUUAUCUUUAGAAGCUGUGAAAGAAGCCAAAAAUUAAAUUUAAGAAAAAAUAGACUAAAAAAUAGUAGAAAUAAAACCUUUUUUCAAAGGAAUCCAUUUAAAACAAACAAUUUAUAAUUAAAAUCAAUUAGAUCCCUUUUUGUAUUUGGUACUCGAUGGCGAAGUAGAAAUCAUUUAAAAAAAGAGUCCUUCACAGAUUUUAAUUGACGAAAAGAUUUCCAAAAAAAAAAACUUUCGUUACUUAAAAGAAAAGAAAGAAAGUGAAGGGUAAGAGCUUGAAGAAUUUGAUCAAUUAGCCUAAAAGUAAUAAGUACCUAGCAAUUCAGUAGGAAAUACUUUAAAAAUAUAGCAUGUCAUUAAAUUGACAAUCUAUUCAAAAGGUCAACUGUUUGGUGAAGAAGAUAUAUUUUUCAAUGGAUGCAAAAGAACUAAUUCUGCUGUUGUUUUAUCUUAAACAGUAACUCUUCUUAAAAUUGAUUACAAACUUUUAUUAGAAGAAGUGCACGUUGAGGGAUAUUUACAAAAUUUAAAACUUACUGCCUAAGCUAAAUUAUAGAGCAGGCAUGCUAGAGAAGAACUGAUUGAACAAGCUAGCAAUAAUAAAUUAAUAUAUAUAAAUGAUUAGCAUACAUAAGAAGUGGUAGAUAAAUUUUUUAGUGAGCAAUAAACUUAUGCAGCUGAAUUACAAUCACACUUGAAGUUAAAUAAACAUUUCUCAGAAAAAUAUUUGAAAAGAUAAUAAGAUUUAAUAAUUGCAAAUGAUAUCACUAGAUAAACUGAGAUAAUUGCUAAAACUAGUGAAGAAAACUAAAGAAUAUUCAAACAAAUCCCAAAAGAGAAUUUUAGAUUUCCUAACUUAUCUGAGCACAUGUAUCCUGAAGGAACUUAUAAAAUGCCUUAUGAUCCUUAUUUAUUUAGGUUAAAAUCUACUUAUAAAAUUAAGUACAAAAAGUCAUUUUGCGAAAAUAAUGCUGAUAAUUAAGAAAAUAGUUUGACUUCUAUCUAAAAUAAGUCUAUCCCAAAUAAAUUACAACUAAUUCUUUAAAACUAAAACUAUUCUCAUUAAUAAAAUCCAUUGUAUAAAGACUUUAGAGCUCUAUAAACAUCACUUGAAGGACAAAAAUAAGAAGAAAGCAUGAUAAACCCUAAAAUAAAAACUCUUCCAACUGAAGAAAACCAAGACUAAUCAGUUGUAGAAAUAGCUCAAUUUUUAACAGAAAUUCCAGAUGAGCAAUAUGAGCCUUUUGAUAAUAUAAAUAAAUAGCAUCCAAAACAAAAAUCAAGAAAUUUUUCUAGCCUUUUCGAAGAAAUGGGAUAAAAUGAAAGUGAAAACGAUAAAAAUUAAAAUAAAAUAAAACCAUUAAAAGAUUAAUGCAAUUUUACAGAUUUAAAAAAAUCCUAAUCUUUAAAAAAUCUAAAAAGAUUAUAAUCUGACUAAUAAAUAAGUUAUUACAAUCUUUCUUUUAAGAAAAUCGAUCAAUUAAAAUAAAAUAUCAACUAUAAUAAUCAGUCUAGAUACGAAUCUACAGGAUACUCUUAUUCUAGUGUUGCUUAGCUUUAAACCGAUACAAGCUAAGAAAAAAAUCUUUAAAAAGAUGUGAGUUAUAUUAAAUUGCCAGUAAUAUGUCCACCACCUCCUCCUAAGAUAAUUAUCAAUAAAAAAACAAGAAGUAUAAGCGAGUCUAGCUUUAAGAGCCUUCCUAAAUAAGCCAAUUUAUAAUUGACAAAUCACAGAUAUAUUCAAAAGUUUUAAAUGCUAAAACAAUUAGCUGAUGAUAAAAAUGAAAAUAAAAAGAUCUGA